AUGCAUCGGACGCUGUUAAGGAGCUCCUGGUGUCGCCAGGAGGCCAUCUUGCCACUUCGGACCAUAACCUCUGCCUCGGUACAUCGUCGGCCUUUCCCUGUACCUUCACCCUACAAGCACAAUUCACGAGCCUUUUCGUCAAGAUCCUAUCUUGCGUCAGAGCAGCCGUCGCAUCCAACACCCACCGAAGGAAGAGAUAUUUCUUCAGACAAUGGACUGUCCGGGUCGACUAGUCAUGUCCCAUGGUAUCUGCAAGAAGACAUGCCAGCUUCCGAAUCACAGAUAUCGUCCCGAGAUCAAAUCCCAGACUUACCAGCAGACCCACCUGCGAUUCUUUCCCCAUUUCUCGAUUAUGUUUUCAAAGACCUUGGAUUAGAUGAACUUAAGCUGAUUGACUUACGGGGCCUGGAAACACCUCCUGCUCUUGGUGCAAAUGUCAUCAUGAUCAUCGGAACUGCCAGAAGUGUGAAGCAUCUGAACGUUUCCGCAGAUCGUCUCUGUCGUUGGCUGAGGAGCAAUUACAAAUUGUCCCCAUACGCAGAUGGGUUACUAGGUCGGAAUGAGCUCAAGAUCAAGCUGCGGCGCAAAGCCCGGCGAGCCAGACUUGCAAGCCGCUCCGGCGCCAUGUUCGAUGACAAGGAUGAUGGGAUCACCACCGGAUUCGGCACGGUUGGCAGGGGUACGAGGAUUGUCGUGCAGAUCUUCACAGAGGAGAAGAGGGCCGAAGUCGACCUUGAAAGCCUAUGGCAGGGAACCCUAGACCGUGCCGAACGAGAGAAACAGAAGUAUUCCGAGGUCACUCGCAAUGCACCUCCUGAAGAGGUUCGUGAUUCCAAUUCGAUAGAUCUACCACCAUCUGACCGUGAAUCUGGAAAAGUCCCCAGGUCAACAGUAAGCCUCGUAUUCGAGCAGAAGAGGCAUUUUCACAGCACCCAAUCUACCGGCCGUCCUAGUGGUAGAGAGAAUGUCAACAGUGUGGCAAGACUCCUGGCAUCGGGGUCACCCAGCGGACGCCUUGCUCAAGGAGAUGUUUUUAGUGCUGGUAUUUCUACAUACUCCUUAUUCCAAUAUCUUGAAAGCUUGCCAAGUGAGACCGCUCGGCAGGAGCUGGGGACUGGCCCAGAAGACCAAGGCUCGACCCUCUUUCUUCAACUUUUCUAUAACCGUUUGUCGGCCUUGUCUGCAGAGGAAUCAGCUGUAGCCCAGGUCAAACUACUAUGCAUGGCUAUUUCCCGUCAACACUUCGCAUACAGCAAAAAAGGCUUAUGGACGGCGUUCAUGAGAUGCAUUGCUUCAGGGUAUCAUGUCUCUGACGAUCUUGGCUUCGAUGUUGUCUCAGCAAUGUUGACGGAGUCGCCCCCAGAUGACCGCAAUAGUGGGUCUUUUUUGCCAGACUCGGACAGAGAACUUGCUGUUCGGGUUUUGGAACACCUCUCCCUUCGUGGUACAAAUGUUUUGAAUAUGAAAGUGUUAAACAUGCUACAUAGAGCGACUAGUACCGCAUCCCCUGAGGUGGCUCUACGAAUCUCACGUAUUAUAAAGACCCUUGACUUACCUUUUGAUCCCGACCACUCCCGCGUCCUCAUGGCAACACUUUUUCAGAACCAGGACUAUGAUGGAUUCUGGAAGCUGUGGCGCAAGUUACCUCUGACUGAUAGUCCACGUACCGCUGCAGACUACGAGAUGCUGUUCCGGCUACAUGCCGAAUUAGGUGAUGAGCUUCGCGCUCGAGAUUGUCUGUCAACAUGGGUGCCCAUGAUGGCCCGGGAGGAAACUCCAAUCCUGCUGCAGGGGCAGCUCCUGCAGCAUGUAAAACUAUGCCUUGUUGUGGCAGACCCGGAUAUUGAACAAAGCGCAGCGAGCGGAGCUACAAGUGACUUGGCCCGAAUAUGGAACGAGUGCCAAAAGAAUAUCUAA